UUUUUGUUUUUCAUUUAUAUUUCAUCAAUGACGGCACCAGGAAAUACUUUGGUCGUUCACGUUGUCUCAGCUCGUGGUCUUUGCGUCAAAGGCGGCAAAGCAGUUGAUGUUUACUGUUCUCUCUCCACUAUGGGUAAAGGUGCUUGGAAAAGCAAAGUGAGCACAAAUCAACUUAGGCUAGAUCCAUCAAUUCCUGAAGCUGAACUUAAAUGGGAUGAACAUUGCGAAUUGUUUGUUUUUUAUUCGUUUUUAUUAGAAAAAAUUUGCCAUCAUAUUGAUGAAUUAUAA